AGAGAAGUUUUCAUCAAGAGGAAAGUCUGCGUGCAGAAAAGGGCGAAUGGGCCGGCUCACCCGACUCUAAAACGACAUCACUUAUUCAGCUGAGACCUCAGGCCUACUGGUAGUUCUGGGUGAUAAUGGACCCCAAGAGUGAGACCAAAACGAUGACCUCCUACGUUCCAGGCAGCGACUCGUCUGAGACCCAGAAACUGGCUGCACCCACAACACCAGGCUGCAGCUGGCUGGUGGUGCUCGCAGCUGUGUCGGCUUCUCUGAGCGGCCUGAUGCUGGGCUACGAGAUGGGCCUGACCUCCGGGGUCCUGCUGCAGCUGCGGGGCGUCCUCUCGCUCUCCUGCAGGGAGCAGGAACUGCUGGUGAGCUCCCAGCUGCUCGGCGCGCUCCUCGUCUGCUUGGCCGGAGGCCCCGUCCUGGAUCGCUACGGCCGGCGCUGGUCGCUGCUCCUGAGUGCCGCGCUGGUGAUCGGAGGAACCGUGGCGCUGGUUUCCGUGACCUCGCUGGCCGUGCUCACCCUGGGCCGCGUGAUAGUCGGCAUGGGAACGGCCCUGUCGGGGACGGCGGCUUGUCUGUACAUUGCGGAGAUCUCUCCGAGGGAGAGGAGGGGUCUGCUGGUGACGCUGUACGAGCUCAUGCUGGUUUUGGGGGUCAUGCUGGGAUUCGGCUGCAGUUACGCCUUCGCCACGGUGCCUCACGGGUGGGCGUACACGUUUGGACUUGUAAUUCCCCCGGCGCUGCUUCAGAUAGGCGCACUCGUCUUCCUCCCGCCCAGUCCCCGCUUCCUCGUGGCUCGGGGGAAAGUGGAGCAGGCGAUGUCAGUGUUGGCAAGAAUGAGAGGCGGUAAUAAAGAGCAUGUGGCGACAGAGCUCAGAGACAUCCAGACCGGACUCAAGGAAGAAUCGGAGUAUUGUUUCUGGGAGCUCUUCAGCACCAAGGCCAACCUGCGCUCCCGGCUGCUCACGGGGGUGGCGUUAGUUUUCCUCCAGCAGGCGACCGGACAGCCCAACAUCCUCUCCUACGCCUCCCCGCUCCUCCGCAGCGUGGGCUUCGACAGCGACGCCGCCGCCACCUUGGCCUCCACGGGUUUCGGAGUGGUCAAAGUGGUCGGCACGAUCCCCGCCGUGUUGCUGGUCGACCGCGUGGGACCCAAGAGCUUCCUGUGCGUGGGCGCCGUGGCGAUGGGGAUGUCCCUGGCUGCACUGGGCACGCUGACCAUGCAGAGCCGCACUGACCUGACCAGCCUGUGUAAGAGCCAGGCGGGUCUGAACCACACGGACGCUCCGUGGGAUUUAAACGGAACCUCCUUUCACCUGGACGGCAGUGACAGUUUCCCCACUCAGCCCCCGGGUCAGUGGGGCGCGCACGAGGCCGGGAUAACCGACGCAGAGGAUGACGGGGCUGGGGGAAGGAGUCCCGCCGUGUCUUCCUCGCUCAGGUGGGCGUCAUUGAUCAGCCUGCUGGUGUACGUGGCGGCCUUCUCCGUCAGUCUCGGCCCAAUGGUUUACGUGGUUCUCAGUGAGAUCUUCCCAAUGGGAGUCAGAGGUCGGGCUGUGUCGGUGGUGUCGGCGGUAAACUGGGCCACCAACCUGCUCAUCUCCAUGACCUUCCUCACCAUCACAGAAAGGAUUGGGCUUCCCAAUGUGAUGUUCCUGUACUCUGCCAUGAGUUUUGUUCUGCUGGUCUUCAUCAUCCUCUGUGUUCCCGAGACCAAAGGCCGCACACUGGAGGAGAUAUCAAAAGAGCUGGCUAAAAAGAAAAAUUUUGAGUUGAAGAUUUUCAGGCGGCCGCAACAUCAAGAGAGCCUCAUCAACAAGAACACAGCUACAGUGUGUCCUGCAAAAGUCUGACAUCUCUCCAGAGAGCAACCCCCCCCCCAACCAACCUGAGGAUCAAGAGCCAGGACAAUAAAAACAAAAAAACACGACACCCCUGCAGUAUUAGCUGGCAUCACUCAGCUCCAUGCAGCACGUCAGGGACAGAAUUCUGCUUUGUAUUAAAGCCAAGUCCCAAACCAGAAAGAUAACUUAAACCAGCUUAAACCAGAGUUAAUGGUGAAACUAAUGGAUUGAUUCCCCAUUUUAAGGUAACCUUUUUACAUAAGUUUGCAGUGUUGCAUCUAUUAUAUUAACACUGCUUCUCUGCUGGGUGGCACACUCUUGAGUAGGAUAAUGCAAACAUACAGCAGAACCUCUUCGUCUACUCGUUCGGAUGUUGGGGGAACAGGCAUUUUAAUUCACAUGCGUGUUGCUGGCUGCUGAAUACUUAAAAACACGAGCAAAGCAAUCAAGAAAGAAACUUUAAGGUCUAAUGGUAAUGUUGGCAGAUAAUUUAAGAUGUAAAACUAUUAGAGUUAAAGUGGUGAUGAAAGUAAGAAAUGAGUGGAAUAUUUUCUUUUUUUUAAGGAUGAUCUGCUCACAAAAAAAUUGCACAUUUUUUUUAAAUUUGUACUUUGAUACCGAUAUGCAUCUUCUUUGCAUAUAUAGUUGUAAUAGUUUUUAACAAUGAAACUUUCUGCGUCCUUCUCUGGGAUAUUCUAUAAAACUGGAAAAUGCUGCACUCCAUCUGUGAUCAGGACAAGAAAAACAACAACAAAAAAAACACUACAAAUAAGUAAAACAAGAUAGUCAACUGUAGUUUUGUUUUAGUGGGCCUUUUAAACAUUUUACUUUUUAUACAAAAUACAAAAUUUCAAGUGUCACAACUUUCACUUGACACUGGUUCCAAAAGUACUUUGCACGCACAGACAACAUAUCAACGUUCUUGUCAACAGCUUUCAUAUCCGUGUACAUACACUAUAUACAAACAUAACUACAGGAUCUGUUGCCUUUUUAAUGCAAAGCUUAACAGAGCAGUCAGCAGCUAUUCGGCAAUUAAAAACACUGCUUUCUGUUCAAGACAGUGGUCGUGUGAGAAAUGUUUGUUUUUUUUUUUACUUUAUGCUCCACUGCCAUAUAUUUCUAUGCUGCUGUAAAAGUUCACAUGAAUGUAUUCCAAGACCUUUUGAUAAGUGUUACUGCUGCCAAUCAACCUUGCAUGGCGCCAGAGUUAUGAACAUUUUUUUUUACAUGAACUUUCUGCUACUCGGUUUGCUGCAUACAAGUCAACGGUGGACAGUGUUUCAAUGACUUUUCAAUUCUUAACAAUAAAAACCUGAUAUUGAAUGUUAACUUAUCAGUGAUUGUGUUAAAAUAAUUAAGGUUUUGAAUAUAUAUAUAUAUAUAUAUAUAUAUAUAUAUAUAUAUAUAU